AUGCCAAGAAAACCAAUGAUUGAUGCCAAGGAAACGUCUUCACCCGAGGAAUUGGUAAAAGGAAAAAGAGCCAGUGAAGCCCGAACCCGAGCCGGGGCCGCCCGGGUGGCGCGGUGGCGGCGGCAGCGGCUGCGGCUGCAGCAGCUGCGACGGCUGCGGGGGCUGCUCCGGGGACUGCGGGGGCGGCCGAGGACCGGCAGCCGGCGGCGGGGCCGAAUGGCUCUGUGCGGGCAAGCGGCAGGCGCCGCGUCGCUGCCCAGCGAGCUAAUCGUGCACAUCUUCUCCUUCCUGUCCGCGUCCGACCGGCUACGGGCCUCGGCCUCCUGUUCGCACUGGCGCGAGUGCCUCUUCUACCCGGCUCUCUGGCCCCAGCUCCGCAUCUGCCUCCGCGUCUCGCCCUCGGAGCAGCCACGGCUCGAAUUCCUCAUGCGCAAGUGCGGCUGGUUCGUGCGAGAGCUGCGCGUUGAAUUCGCCGCGGAGAAUUACCUGAGCGGCGGAGGCGGCCCGGGCGAUGGAGGCCGCGUCGACACCAGGACUGGCGGGGAAGAAAUCGAAGCCCUGCAGCUCUCAACCCGUUGGCUGGAAGUGCUCCGCACCUACUUAGAGCUAGUGCUGUGUGUGCUGGUCAGCAUCCGGAACAACAGGAACCUCCAGAAGUUUAGCCUUUUUGGAGACAUAAGCGUUCUACAGCAGCAAGGAAGUUUGUCAAAUACAUACCUCAGCAAGGUGGACCCUGAUGGCAAAAAAAUUAAACAAAUUCAGCAGCUGUUUGAAGAAAUACUUAGUAAUAGUAGGCAACUGAAGUGGCUGUCUUGUGGGUUUAUGCUGGAAAUAGUAACCCCAACAUCACUGUCAUCUCUCUCAAACUCUAUUGCCAACACCAUGGAGCACCUGAGUUUACUGGACAACAAUAUUCCUGGUAACAGCACCCUUAUCACCGCAGUAGAACUGGAGCAAUUCGUGAAUCUAUGCUCACUUGCCCUGGAUUUCUGUGACUUUACAGCUGAGAUGGCAAGAGUCUUAACCGAUAACAACCAUGUGCCUUUGCAGCGACUUUCUCUCCUGGUCCACAAUGUUUCCGUGAUGCACAAGUCUCUGGACAACAUGCCAAAUGAUGAGCACUGGAAAGCCUUGUCAAGAAAGAGCACCAACCUCCGGGUCUAUAUAAUGGCUUUUGAUAUCAAGAGUGAAGAUAUGUUAAAGAUUCUGAAACCCAGUAUACCACUAGAGAGGAUUCAUUUUGACAGCUACAUCACUUGUGUUUCAGGAGCUAUUGUUGAUCUUAUAUCUAGGCAGUAUGACAAGUUCCUCACUCAUUUUAUAUUAAUGAAUGAUGUGAUUGACACGUCUGGUUUUCCAGAUCUUAGUGACAACCGAAAUGAAGAUCCGUUGGUUUUAUUAGCAUGGAGGUGCACAAAACUCUCUCUUCUGGCAAUUCAUGGUUACACAGUGUGGGCACACAACCUCAUUGCCAUUGCUCGUCUUCGUGGCUCUGAUCUAAAAGUACUUGAAGUCACUGAAGAAAGCAUUGAUUUUGACCAAGGUGAACUGGCCGACCAGGAUGUGGAUCCAGUACAUAACCUUAUUGAGCAGGUAUCCCUGGGCCUAGGUCAACCUUGGCACGCGAUCAUGGACAUCGAAUCACUCAGUGUCUUCACUGAACCAAAUCGUCAUUUUUACAGAGAGAUGCAAAGCUUCAGCGAAGACAUUUAGCUUUUUUUAAAUGUACAAUUCCUGUGGUUACAUAUGCAAGUAGGGUCCUAUUAUGUUUUUUUUUCCAGUAGUGUGAAUUAAUCCCUUUGUGCUGUGUUUAAUCAGUAUUAGCUUUAUAGAAAUAUAUAUGUAUAUUCUACUUCUUGAUCAAAGAACGUAGUCAGGUAUUGGUUUAGAAGUUCAAAGUGACAAUGUAUAGGGCUUUCACGGUUAAUGGACUUGUUACCAAACCUUAAGAAUAUACAACCGAAGGUUGUCUGAGGUUGCUGGCUAACUUUAUUUUUUCACUGAGUUACUCUGCCUUUUGAUGUUUUUAUUCUUUGUGUGUCAGAGCUCAGGAGCCAAAAUAUUUUUAUACAUAUAUAGAUAUAUAUCCAUAGCCUGGUGGAUUUGUAUGCAAUGCACUGCAUUCAUUCAUUGUGUGAUAGCAUUUCAUUAAUAUUUCUUUGAAAUGGAAGGAGGGAGGAUAAUACAAUCCUAAAUGAGUUAUCUUUAACAGAAAAGCCAAGACUUUAACUUUCAUUACAUAUAUAAUAGUUGAUAUCACCAAUUACCAUUCUCAAUUUUGUAUAGUACUAGGUUAGAA